GGUUCAGAAAAAGAACAGGAAGAGAAAGAAGAAGUCGGAAGAAUAGGCUAUAAGGUACGAUUUCAAAACGUUACAAUUAACUAAUGAUGAAUUUUUUUCAGUACAAAUAAGCAGUGAGGUUAAAGUUAAUGGUGACCAAAGUGAAUUAUUGAUUGUAAGAUUCAAGCUCAGAAACUUUAAUUCCCCAUAUUUAUGGGAGUGGUAUUUCCAUGGUAAGCUUAAUGUACUAAUUGUAGACUCCAUAACACGUAACUUGUAAUUUAAUAAUAAUAAAUUAAAGACGCAAUUGUCAUCUAGAAAUGCUCCUUGUCUUUUAUUAAACGAAAAGAUUGUAUAAUUAAUUUCAGUUGUAAGCCACUUCAACUGCUUUUUACCGCUCAAAGAAUGAAGGCCCGCUUGGUUUUGGUAGUGGUUAGCACGGUGGGUUAAUCCUUCUUAGUGUCUUCCACACCUGCUUUCUACUUCACUGUGGCCAAAAGAGUAAUUUAAUCAAAAUCAGUACGGAUACUUCAGAGAAAGUUUACAUUAAAGGACACUGGGGAACAUCCUGUAAUGAGCUUUUUUUCCCCAGACUGAUUGACCGCCCUCUUAAAUAUGCAGAAACUGGCGGUAAGUGUUAGUAAGCAUUAUAUUAGGUCACGGAAAUACGCUUCUUGUGCUUCAAGGUCCAAUUCAAUUUGCCCUUUUUCUUCAUUUUAGCGUGACAACGUGGACUGUUUUAAUUAUCAAUACAAUACUUGUACAAAGGUAUGUGAUAUGUUCAUGACCUGCUCAUGUUAUGUGUGUGUUUCUUUUCUUUUCAAAUACACUGUUUUUCCCAUCAAUUUUUCAUCCACUUACCAUUUUUCUAUCCAAUUUCCAGAAAAAAUGUUAUUUUCAGCACAGGGAAUGCGCGCGGUCGAGCAACGUGAUCUGUACAACGUGGAGGCUGCAGAAGCAUUGCAGGAACAAACAAUGCACUGAAAAGCAUUUAGAUAAAGAGGCAAUGAAAUGUUUUUUCCACUGUGCCAAUGAAAGACGUGGAUCAUGCAACAAUGUUAUAUGUCAGAACUACCAUGAAAAACCCCGAUCAACUACAGAGAACGGAGUAGGAAUUUACAUAAUGCCCAAUGAAGUUCCCGAAAAGAAGAAAAGUAAGCUGCGAAAGAAGAAGCACGUUAAACUUCAAAAAUAUGACGAUGGCACCUUGAUCAGGAGCAGCAGGGUCUUCAUUGAGGUGUCUUUACAAUUAAUACAAAUCAACAUACAACGAGGAAAACUCACCAAAGAAAAGGGAGGCUGCUAUAUUAAAGAGAUUCUGCACAGCAUCUUCUUCAUUGGCUACAUUAGCUCCCCACGUGUUAACCCAGAGAUGGUUCUACGGGAAGACCUUCACUCAGUUUUAACUCGAAAGUUCCCCAAUGUGUUUCAUGCGUACCGAACUGCACUGCCCACAAGAACACCAUACUCUCUUCUUUUGGAUGUGGUUGUGGAAACCACGGAACCAUCCAGAUCCACAGAGCACGCCUUUGAGUAUGCUGUUCUUGACAAGAUACUAGACUUGAACAAAAAAAUGUACGUGCCUCGACUCCAGGAUGAUGGAAAGGUGUGUGGAAAUGCUUUUUUAUUAGUGUCAACUGUUAUCAGCUACUGCUACUUUUUAGAUUCAGUUACACACCAGGAAACCAAGAAGUACUUUGGAACAUCGCUGGGCUGCAGAGGGCAAAAACUGAAGGAGAUUUUCCUUGAUCUGUCCUGCCUUCAUACGUGGAACAGAAAAGUGGCGUAUGCUGUGUGCUUGGCUGCUAACAAAGGCCCAUCUGUGCUACUCCCUAUGUUUCUGCACUCUGCCGCAUUUCACAUGCUUGGGUGCAAAGAUAAUAGAGGCCCAGAAGAUCUUUCAUCCGAGUUUGAACAGCUGACCCUAGACCAGCCAUCGCAGAACUCCUGUGAACACGGCAGCAGUACAGAAGGAGCAGGUGCUAAUGCACCUCAGACGCUGGAAAGAGAGACGAACUCGCCACAGCUCGCCAAUCCGAGCUCAAAUACAGAAUUGAUCGUAUUUCAGUACAACCCAAAACCGCCGUGUUUGAGAUGCAUGGAGCUCUUCCCAGACAUGCAGUUUUCACCAAGACCCAUCUCUCAAGACCCUCCUUCUUGGGAGCAUGGAAACUGCGCAGAAUGUGAGUCACUCAGCAAGCUGCUAAACGCUGAGACUGGGCUUAAUAUGAGAGUGCAGCUCCCUACAAAAGUCGAUGUAUGGCUGCCAGCGAGUCUCCGUUUCAUUCCAUCUCAAUCUCCCGAUGAGAUUUUGCUCUUGUCCAGAAAGCAACGACUAAUCAACAAUUUGCGUGAUGCCGGGUUUGAACUCCAGGACUAUCUUUCGUUUUACAAUUCUCAGCUUGAUGAGGAGAGCACUGCACUUGUGCCUUUUCAGUUGUGAAAUGAAGUAAAUCAUGCAGGCCCUUAAUCGCUGUGUUUCAUACACAGAAAAACAAAGACUUUAUAUGGCAUAUUCACGUAGCUGGACAUUUACUGAAUUACUUUGUCUUACUUUGGAAAUAUGGUAUGAGUGAUGUCACUCAUGUGUAAGCCAACCUAUGAUAUAUUCUAGGGCAGUGCUAGGGAGCUGAGUGGGAGUGAAAAUGUGGGUCCCCAAGGGCCGGGUUGGGAAACACUGUUCUAGGGCUCUGGCAAACAUAAGGGCCCCACACUUGUUUGAGAAAUAUGGAACAGUUAAACUUAUUAAAUCUUGAUGCAGUGGCGCCCCCAUCACCCCCCCACCCCCGAUUACAUUGCUUUUUAUUCUCUCUUCUCUUUUGGUUCAAAACAGUGGUCAGCUUGGGAGAAGGCCACUUAGCCUGUACUUCAGAUCAUUUACAUUUCAGAGCCUUGGGUUGCACCAACAGUGUGUAUGUACUUUCACUUCCAAAGCCUGCAAGCAUCCUUGGACAUGGCUCAUAAAAUUGACAACAAAGGAUCAAAUCUGUUCCCUGGACUGGCACCAGAUAUGUCAGCCUAGAUUAACUCCUAGCUGUUUUGGUGAAGUGUGUUGUGUGAGGGGAGAGAGCUCUGCAGAGUCCCCUCACAUCACAUCAUUAGAGGCAACAAACAAACAGCAGAGGUAAAAAGAGGUGCAGAGAUGGAGUUCACAGCAGCAAGGGAACACACAAAAAUAAGGAAUGUCAACUGAGCACCCUCCUUUAAGCUUGGUUGAACUAAAGUGUCCCAAAGUGAAAAGUUAUGUUGAAUGUAAGUACAUUGACAUGAAAUAUGGCACAUCAAACCUCCAUAAGUCACACUCCUACUAUUGGCAGAUUCAGGGGCAACUUAUGCUUGUUGGGUUAGAGUGGUGUGACUUCAUGGUAUAGGUUCAUUAUCGUCUGGAUUAUCUUCUGCAGCGUAUUCAUGCUGAUCCUGAAGUUCAGCAAGUAAUUAAAGAGAGAGUGGAUUUGUUCUACUUUAAUGUGUACAUGCCAAAGUACUUGCCUGUGAGGAGAGAACAAUAGCUGCAGUUUAAAAAAAAACAGCAUUCGCAACAAAAACACUGCAAUAACUAUGCCAUGCAUGACUGUGGUAUGUUGACUUUAUAUUAUACAUUUACAGUGCUGACUAUUGCACUAAAUAUUUGUACAUGUCUUAUAUUUCUGCAACUUAAAUUAUUUGCAUUGUUACUGUUAAUAUAUACCUUGAUGAUUAUCCACUAAUGAGAUAUACUGAUGCUUAUUGUCUAUAAUUAAAGUUUGAAUCUGAAACAAAGUAUAUGUUGUACCUUGAACUCACAGCCUAGUGGGAGUGUAGGUUCUAGUGUUUGGUCAACAAAAUCUAAAUGAGGAACUACGACACCUUCAAAUACACGGGUGGUCUUUAUGGCACCAAAAGAGUUUUGUCUCACUGGGUAGCAAUAUGCACCCUUUCCCCCUCCUAUUAAAAUCCAAGGGCAGCCAUUAUAAGCAUCUCAAUUUGUAAAAACACUACAGUUUUUAUUGCCUUGAUGUAAGUUGUAAUGCUGUAAUAAUAAAAAAAAAUUACAGACCAA